ACCCCUAGCAAAUGAUUGCUUGCUCGCAUACAGAGGGAAGCGGACAGCCGUGUUCAAUGUUUCACUACCGAGCUGACUUAAGCCUUCGCCCCCGAACGAAAUAUCGUGACUUCCACUGAGAGAAAGUCGCUUUUCUGAGUCGGAGAGGAGCGGAAACGACAAUAUCACCACCAUGAUCAACACGAUGGAGUGUGCAGUGGAUGCACAAAGUCUAAUCUCAAUUUCCUUACGGAAGAUUCACAACUCCAGGACGCAGAGAGGAGGCAUCAAGCUGCACAAAAACCUCCUGGUCUCCUAUGUACUGAGGAACGCCAGACAGGUUUACAUGAACGAGAAGUACGCGGAGAUCUACAGGAUGCAGCAGUACGAGGAGGUGAUGACCGUCUGCAACGAGAUCCAGGAGUUAAACCCGCUGGAUUUGGCCGAGGACUGCGAGGAGCAGAGCGGGGAUUGCUGCGGCAACGACGGGGUGAGCGAACCGGCGAGUCUCUGCUGUGCGCUGCUGCCAGUAAGCCACCUAACAGCAGUGCAGUCAGCGCAUAUCCAAGCCCCAUCCGCCUGCUCCGCGCCUCUCUCUCUCCAAAGCGACGAGGUCUGCAAGGAGACAGAGCCCUCGUUCUAUCGGAGCUGUUGUGCGGAGGCUUACCCUGUAUCGAAUUGUGACUUUUCCACGGUGAACAACAACCUACACUGCAACAAAACGACAGUGCUCGAUCUGGACACGCACGUAGUGACCACUGUGGAGAAUGGGUACCUUCACCAGGACUGCUGCGCGUCGUUCCAACAGUGCUGCCAGGGCGCACAGUCCCCAGCCAAGAAACGCAAGGUUGACUUUGAAUAUUAUAUAUCCGAUAUUGAGGAAGUACCGGAUUUUACGCCAUGUAAAAGGGCGAAAUUCGAGGACUGUUCCUACGCAAAUUCGGAACACUUGGACACAUCAAACAUUUCCAAUCUGAUCUCGAUUUUCGGCUCGGGGUUUUCGGGGCUGGUGAGCAGACAGGCGGACUUUGAGCAAGCCUUGAACGGACAGUUCUGUAGCAAACAAGCCCUAGCGAGCCUAGGGGCAUGGACUAGAGCUAUUGUAGCUUUUUGACUCCAUGGUCAACUAGAAUCAAACACUUUAUGAAAUUGUACAAAGUCUAAAUCAAAUUGACUUUAUUUUUGCAAGAAAUGCUAUUUAAACAUUGAACAGUUUUUGUUUGUUAACUCGUUUUUACGGAGAGAUGGUUGUGCCACAUGAUGUGCAGGCGUUUCCUUUUAAACCGAACAUGUCUACAUAACACAUUUUUACAUGGUAGUUGUGAAUUUUAUCUAACGAAGUUGAUUUCGUUGCCUUAAACCCAACGCAUACUACUGCUAGCUAUUGUUGCAAACAUUGAAAGUGGUUGAAUGUCUCGCUCGCGGAUUGUUUUGAUUUGAUCUCUCCUACAGAACACGUUUGAACACAAUGUAUCGUUUUUAAGACGCUACACAAGUAUUGUGACGGAAUAGCAAGCAUUUAAUGUAGCCUCAGCUCCAGGCUAAAUAGAAAAGUGUGCCCAUGGAUGGCUUUGCAACAUGCUUUUGUUGUGCGUAGUGGUUUAAUACGGUAAACAACUAACAAAAAGUUAAACAUAUGCUACACAAGUACUGUUGUGUUGUACUUGGUUUAAUAUCUUGUAUUUCUGGGUUGAUAUUUAAACCUUGGAUAUCGAAACUCAUAUUCUAAAGAGUCGGACACCAGUAGUAGGCUGUUACAUGGAAACUACAUGGCACAUUCUGACCACACAUAAAUUGACAGGUGAAGGCGCAAUGGCUCAGACUUAAAUUUCCCUCUCAAACUCGUGGGUGCAUUAACUCUGAACCAGCUUGAUGCGUCUCUCUCUAUUGAUGUACUUGUUGUAGGCUACCCAACUUCCCACCUCAUCUCUGAUCAGAACCAUUAAUUCCUCCAAAUCCCAGAAUGCACGUGUAAUCGAAUCAAUCCAGGUAUUUUUUUGACAGUUCGAUCUGUUGAGCGUUCCCCCUGAACCUAUAACAAAAAGUUACUGAUCAAGCCUUCACAGUAAUUCAUGAUGCCAACAUGGCUUGGUUUUGUGAGUUUUGUUUUAUUUUCAAAAAAUGUAAGACCUUUUGUUCUAAAAAGGCAAGCUCAUAAUUUUGUCAUACAUCCACACAUUAUAAGCACUAUGUGUACUGAAAUAAAGAUGUCUUUCACACGUCCUCUCCAUAUUUUGUUGCUAUUCUUGUAUUUUUGUGCAUAUUAAAUUGUAUAUCACCGGGUAAAACUGUUUUAGAACAUAUUUGUUAAGAAUUUAUAAUCUUAAUAAAAAUUUUAAAACAAA